GUCAAAGUCUAUAUAAAUAGAGUCGUUAAGUCUUGCUUUUUCUUCUUUUCUACAUCUUUAAACUAUAUAUAUAUAUACAUUUCCAUAAACAAACUAUGUUGUUGCGUACUAUUGGCUUUGCUAUAGCUGCCUUAUUGGCUUCAAACGGUGUUCAAGCUUCUUAUAGCCCUAAUUCACCUAAUGUCAUGUAUUACUGGGGACAGAAUUCUGCUGGUGGCUCCAACACUCAGGGAACAUUAGCUUCUUACUGUGAAACUGGUAAAGUAGACGUUCUUCUUUUGUCUUUUCUUCAUAUAUUUAAUGUUGGUGGUCUCCCUGGUGUAAACUUGGCCAAUGCAUGCGAAACUUACUUUGAUGGCACCAACUUGGUCAAUUGUCCUAAUAUUGGAAAAGAGAUCAAAUCUUGUCAAUCCAAAGGUGUUAAAAUCAUUUUGUCUCUUGGUGGUGCUGCAGGUUCAUAUGGCUUUUCAAGUGAUGGUGAUGGUCAAAAGUUUGCUCAAACAAUUUGGGACUUAUUUGGUGGAGGAUCUUCUUCUACUAGGCCUUUUGGUGAUGCUCAAAUUGAUGGUGUAGACCUUGAUAUUGAAGGCGGUUCAUCUACUGGCUAUGCUGCAUUUGUAACUGCUAUUCGUUCCAAAUUUGCAUCUGAUUUCAUAGUAGGUGCUGCACCUCAGUGUCCUUUCCCUGAUGCUAUCUUGGGCUCUGUUAUUGAUGCUGUUGGCUUUGAUUAUGUUAACGUUCAAUUCUAUAAUAAUUUUUGCUCUGCUGUUGGUAACUCCUUUAACUUUAAUGCAUGGGCUAAUUGGGCUAAAUCAACAUCACCUAAUAAGAACGUUAAAGUCUAUUUCACUAUUCCUGGCUCUACAAGCGCUGCAGGUUCAGGCUAUGCACCUAUGUCAACUAUUCAAAAUAUUGUUCCUCAACUUGUUUCUCAAUAUUCCGGCACUUAUGGUGGUGUUUCUGUCUGGGAUGCCUCUCAGGCAUUUACGAAUGGUGAUUUUGCAUCUCAACUUUAUUCACUUGUUAAAGGUGCUUCUUCUGGUGGAGGACCAUCACCUACGGCUACAACAGGUAAUCCCCCCUCCUCCUCCUCCUCCUCUUCUUCUUCUUCUCCUGCUUCUUCUAGUAUUAGUGCCGUCAUUCCUACAGGCUCUUCAUCUGCUACUUUAACAACCUCUAAAGCCAUUGCGACUGAAACCUCUGGCAGUUGCGCUAGGGCUGGUCAAGCCUGUUCUACGGAUGGUAAAUAUGUUUGCACCUCCAAUGGCGCCUACGCUAUCUGUAAUCAUAGUAAAUGGUCUGUUCAAUCUUGCCCACAAGGAACUAGCUGUCUCGCCACUUUAGAUGGUGCCUCCAUUUAUUGUGGUUAUUCCACUACAGGCUCUACAGCAUGCUCUAAUACAAAUGUUCGUGAACUCUUAAAGAUGACCCUUGACACGAGUCAUGCUGCUGCUGUCCCUAAGGCUUAUACAGCAUCUCAAGUCUCUGCUCAACUCACUGUCGCCUCUGCUUCCUCUCAAGACUUUGAAUUUGUCCUUAAUGCACGUCGUAUUGUCGAUAGCCCCUUCAAACAACAGGUCACGAUUGAAUUUACAGCCCCCAAGAACAUCAAAUUCACUGAGGUUAAUGAUGGUACUAUUAGACAAGUGGGUUCUAACGUUCGUAUUCAGGCUCAAAAUACCUAUAAUGAAAGUAUGACGAUCGUUAAAAGUAUCAAGGGUACGAUUCACUCGGGUGUCUUCGUUGCUCCUAAUCCUGCCUCUAUGCGUUUCAAAUAAUUUUAUUUAUCUCCAACACGCGAGUUCUCUCUCUCUCUCCGUCUGGAACGGAAUGAUAUAUAAUUUGAAUAAAAUAAAUAAAUAAACG